AUGAAGCACGGUCGUCGCUGUGUGGUCCAAACCUUGAGUAUUAUCCUUACAAGUUCCGCUGUUCUGCUGCUUGUUUUCGCCAUGGUUUCGCCGCAUUGGCACGUCGGGAAGCGUUGGUUCUCUGCGCUUGGAUUCUUCUGCUUCGUCAACAAAGAACACAGGGAGGUGUGCCGAUAUAUGAACGAAGAUUUGAGCAAUGUAAGUUCUUUUUUUUAUAGCCCAUUCGAAAAAAAAAUUUCGAGCUGCGCCCGAAGCUUUUGAAAAAAAUUUUAAAAUUUUGAGUUUUUUGCCAAAAAAGGUGUUUUCCAACCAAAAUUCAACUAAAUUAUGCUUAAAAAUACUUUUUUUAACACUUUUUGGACCUUGAAACAGAAUGCCAGAGAUUUCCCAAAUUUGGCGGGAAAACGAAAAUUCAAAAAAAGUUGGCCCAAAGACUAUGGUAACAUAUUUUUAAUGCCUUUGAAGGUGAAAUACGUGAAAUAUUGUGAAUUAAAAAAAAAUUAAUUUUAUGAAUUUUUUGGCCUUUUCCAGCUGAACCUACUGUAAUAUCAAAAAAUCUCAAUUUUUCCGCCAUCGUCGAUUAUUUUCAGGAAGGUCGCUUAAGAUCCGGAUUGUUCAACAUUUUCCAAGGCAUGGAAAUGAGCGCGAUUCUCUUUGGAAUUAUCAGCGUUGUCUGCGGGAUCGUCUUCACGACCUGCGUAAGACCCACGUAUUUCUUCAUGUUGUCGGUCUUUAAUCUCCUGGCCGCCGUAACGUCCUGCGUGGGCAUUGGAACGGUGUUUUAUUUUGCGGGCCGCUGGCAUCAUCAUGAUUCCUCCAGUCCAGGCGGAAUCAGCUUUUGGAUGGCGAUUACGGCAGACGUAUUGUUCGUUUUUGGCGCAGCACUAGGGUUGGCAACGUACAAAGUUGAGGUCAAGGAGAAAGAUAAGGAGGUAUUUCAAUAA